AUGUUCAAGCUUAACGUGCUCACGGCCUUUGCGGCUUGGGCUUCUGUUGUGGUUGGUCACUCUGUGAACGGCCAUCACUCGGACUCAGAUUUGGAGGAGUUUCAGAAGACUCUCUCAAGUACUGCGAAGCUGUAUCUUAAUGGCUCUACUGGUUUUGCCAAUGUCACUACUCGCUGGUCGGUUCUGGAGGAGCCCACUGUCAAUGUUGUCAUUGUUCCUGGAACGGAGAAUGAUGUUGUUGAGACUGUGAAAUACGCAAACAAGAAGAACAUCCCCUUCCUCACCUACAAUGGUGUCCACGGUGCCCUUGUUUCCCUGGGCAAGAUGACCCACGGCAUUGGUAUCUCCAUGAGCCAAUUGAGCAGCGUCGAGGUCUCCGAUUGUGGCACCACUGCCACCAUCGGCGGUGGUACCAUGUCCAAGAAGGUCACCGACGAGCUCUGGGCAGCUGGCAAGCAAACCGUCACCGGAACCUGCGAGUGUGUCAGUCUUCUCGGUCCUGCUCUCGGCGGUGGACACGGUUGGCUGCAGGGUCACCACGGCCUCGUCGCCGAUCAAUUUGUCUCCAUGAACAUCGUCCUCGCUGAUGGUACACUCACCACCAUUGACUCCAACUCCGACCUAUGGUGGGCAAUGAAGGGUGCAGGCCACAACUUCGGUAUCGUGACCUCGCUCACCACUAAGGUAUACGAUAUCGAGCACGAGGACUGGGCCAUCGAGACUCUCGUCUUCAGCGGCGAAAAGGUCGAGGAAGUCUACGAGGCUACAAAUAAGUACAUCUUGCAAAACGGUACCCAGUCCGCAGACCUCAUCAACUGGUCCUACUGGAUGAACGAUGCCGACUCAGACCCUAACAACCCGGUUAUCUACUUCUAUAUCAUCCAAGAAGGCGUAACCGCCGUCGAUUCAAUCUAUACUCAACCAUUCCGUGAUAUCGGCGCCAUCUCCAUUACCACUGAGAACGGUACUUACAAGGACCUCGCCGGCUGGGUUGCCAUCGCCGAAGACUCUAUCCCCUGCCAAAAGCUCGGCUACUCGAACCCGCGUUUCCCUAUUUACCUUGAGGAAUAUAAUAUCCCCGCUCAAAAAAAGGCUUGGGAUAUCUACGCUGACGCAACUCGCGGUUCAUCUGCUUUUAACAACUCGAUCUUUAUGUUCGAGGGUUACUCCAUGGGUGGUGUUCACGCCAUCCCUGCUGACUCCGCUGCUUUCGCCUUCCGCUCUGAGAACCUUCUCGCUGCGCCCAUGAUUAAUUACUUGCCUGCUGGUGAGGAAUUGGAUUCUGAGGCUAAGGAUCUGGGUUCUCUGCUCCGUGAUAUUCUCUCGGAUGCGACCGGUCGCGAAGAUUUCAGGGCUUAUAUUAAUUAUGCCUAUGGUGCGGAGACUUCGGAGCAGAUCUAUGGAAGUGAGGAGUGGAGACAGAGACGUCUGCGUGCGCUGAAGAAGGAGUAUGAUCCUCAUGGAAAGUUUAGUUUCUAUGCUCCUAUUGCGUAG